UCUAAGCAGGUGACAGUCAAUGUCAAAUUCGUUCAACCAAAAGUUUUCAGUACUUCUAUAGACAACAAGAAAAUUCACGUAAUACUGGUAUUUCUCGCUUGAUGUUUGAUUAAUAUCCUCUUAAUUUUGAUUAGCUGUUUUGAAAACAUUUCAUCCUUCUUUUGUUUGUGUCGUUCUUUUCUCUACAAACCUUUCUUUUGGAUUUACACAUUUUGACAUUCUUUUUCUUAUUUUAUUUUCAUUCGUUUUUCUUUUGUUUUUUGAGCUUAAAACGGUUCGUUGUUGUUUAUGAUUUAGGUAUUUCAUCAAUUUCUUUCUCACAAGAAAAAUAAUUUUGUUUUUUUGGAUGUUUCCUGAAAAUUCCCAUGAGGAUGGUGCGUCUUCAAAUCAUAGAAAAAGCGCUUUCUGGAAAAGGCUGAGUCAAGACUCGGCGUACGAAAAACCGAGGAGAUCAAGACAUGUGCAAAGCUACUCAAUAUCUGAUUUUCCUAGCGAAUUACAACCUACAAGAGCUGCUCCUGAACCUCCUAAAGGUAAAUUUACUCAAUAUGCGCGUCGAUUCAGCAGUCAUAUAAAAAGCCUUUUUUCCAAAAAGGCUUCUUCCCCUUCUGGAACUUCGAACCCAUCUUAUAAUACUUUCUUCCAUAACCAUCAUCAUCAUCAUCGGCUUCCUGUACAGACAGACAUUGUACCAUCGCCAAGAGAAAUGGAUUGGAACUAUGAAGUCAAAGUACCAAAUAAAACGACUCUCAGCCCCAGGAGAACGUAUGUAAGAGGUCACUCUAAUGGAAAAAAGUCCUCUUAUCUUGGCCGUUCUCGUUCCUUGAAUUUGCGACCUGAAUCUACUUCUAUCUCUUUCCCGCUUCAUCUGUACAAAAGCGACACAGCAGGAAGUAAUCCAAGAACGGCUUUUCCUGCUCGUACUUCUUCAAGUUCUACUUACUCCUCAUUGCCGAGAGUAUCCGGUGAUAACGAGUCGUUGAAGCUUGCUCCUAUUGAAUCUUUGAAUGCAACGGCAAAUCGAAAGACAGAGGGCUAUGUAUCUAUUUUAAAUCGAAGAAGCGUGCCUAAUCCCCCAUCGUCCUUGAACUUUGGAGAAUGGGAUACAACUCCCCUUACUAAUAUUCAGGAAAAAUCUACUGAUUAAAAGCUCUGCCUAAAGACAGCCUGGCUGCUUGAUUGGAAAUGGAUAAGUACAAUGGAACUGAUCUUCAUAUUCAUCCUUAGACGUGUUUUAUAAUGAUUUGUUCAUAUAAUCCAAUACCGCUUAUCGAUUUGUAAUAAAAGGAAUUGGCAGGUAAGUGUUUACCGAAGAAAAACUAUUAGUGACAGUUCUCCCUGUUUGAUAGUUAUCGGUUUCGGGCCUAAUGCUAGCCUGGUAUUCACAUCGAUCGAGUUUCUUGUGUACGAGCUAAACCCAUGGAAAACUAUUUGGUAUCAUUGACGAUGUUUAUAUACUACAGGAAAAGGGUUUCCUAUCAUCAAAAUUUAAAAGUAAGCAAGCUUUUAGGAACGAGAUGAUAUAUCUAAAAAACAUAGGAAGAGCAAACGUUUAAUUCUAUUUUAAGAGUCUUCUUCAUUAGAAUUGUCUUUUUGCCCUUUUUUGGAUACCUGGUAACCUCGUUGUGCGUUCACCGAGUCGAUAAUUGUUGCUAUUUCAUUACGAGAUUAAUAAGAAGUUGAGGCGUAAUUAUAACUUCAUUCGAAACUGUAUAAUUACUUACAAAGGAGGGAGCAUGAAAGCGGCUGAUCGCGCAUUCAUGAUCGGGAAUGAGUUAAAGUGUGAUUACUGAUGAAGUCAGCAAAAUGUUGAUAUAAGGCUAUAAGUUUUUGGAUGUGUUGCUAUCGACGUGGAUUUCAAUUGUGAUCUUAUUGUCCAAUUUAAAAACUGAAUAACUAAAAAUCGAAUUCUUGAUUUCUAAAAAAAUGUCAAUACUUCUUCUUCAAGACACCUGGUUUUUAAUUCACAAUUUCGAACUUGUCUUUUGUACUAGUUGGAAGCCAUCCCUUUUUCAGAUUGCUAUUUUUUAUUGUCAUGUGGUGAGGGUGUGUCGACCUUGGAAUGACUCUGAUGAAACCAUCGGAAUGUACAUAAUGGUUUUUACAAACAGCCAUUUUUUUAUUUACCAACGAAUCUUUCUUAAUCUUCAUUAAUUUUCGGCGGUUUUGUUAAUGGUUUAUGCCUAUUCAUUGCAGCAAACAAAAGUAAUUUUACACCUAAUUUUGCAAUGUGCAGCAUCAAUCAUUUAAUUUUCUUUUUAUACCCUUUUCUAGAUAGCCAUUUUUGUUAACUAUAAUUCAUUUAUUAACGCUCAUA